AUGCCAAAAAGAUUAAUUAGUGAAGAGACUGAUGAAGUAGAUUCAUCAUCAGAAGAUCAAGUCAAAAAAGUACAAAAGUCAGAUGACUCUGAUGAGCUUGAUGACGCAGCUACAAUCGAUCGUCAACGGAUUCUCGAUAUCCUCGAGAUCAAGAAUAUAAAGACAGCAAAAGAAGAGGAAUUCAAAGAGAUCUUUGAUAAUAUGGCCAAUAGGUUGAUGAACGAUGUCGUUUUGAUGGUUGGCGGUAUUCCCUAUGUGUUGGUGGAAAUCGAAUAUUACUUCAAGGGCUACAAUCAUGUCGAUCACUAUGCACACGGUGACGAACAUCAACGUAGAAUGGCAUCGUGGUAUUUCCAUCGUCAGAAUGGCGGUGGCUACAAGACCGCCAGCUACAAAGGACUGGACAUCACAUUUGGCGACGGCACUGCCUACGCCGGUAUUUUGAUUCGUGGAAUCGAGCGUGUCGAUGCCAAGACAAACUUGGUGGACGGACCAUCGCUAACAGUCGACAAUCUCCUUAGGGAGGCGGGCGAGCCAGAUAUCCAAUCGUUCGUCACCAAGUACGGAACCUCGCUGUUGCCAGGCGAGAACAAGGGAAUGUAUCUGACAAUGCGCGACCACAGCUCGCGAAAGAAGCCCGACGUAAGAAAACCUAUUUCCUCUGGUCGUGUCGGUUUGACGAUGAAGAUGUACAAGAAGGACAAAGAGUUCUACUUUGGACGUGACUACCGUUAUAUUAGAUUGCCGGAUAAGGUCAAGAAAGGAAAGCACUACAUGAACACCGCACUACACAAGCAAGGUCACAAAGUUGCACAAAUCAAAGACAUCACUAAAUCGACUGCCGCUGCCAUUCAAAAGUGUAUCGAUGCAUUCGAAGCCGGUCUGAAAGAAGCCAAAGAUAAAUCAUCGCUUGAACCAUACAAAGGUGCACUCUCCAACGACGAUUGUUGUAAACUGAUCGGUGUUUGUUACGGACUUGAGAAGCUUAGAUCUACGGGAUCACCAGAUAAAGAGAAGGAUGAUGACAACAACGAUUCAUCCGAUGGCGAAGGUGAAGAAUCUGAAGAAGAACAAAAUGAUGAUUAA